AUGAGUUCCAGCUCCAUGUCAAUAGAUGAAGUGAAGCUCUAUGGCGAGCGUGGUGUGCCAUCGAAGUGUGUUUGUGGCUUAGGUGUGACUAUAUUCACAUCCGAAACUCAAGAGAACCAGGGGAGACCUUUCUUUCGUUGUGCAAGCAAACGAGAUGUGAAAUCUUGGACAAGCAAAAAAGAUACUCAUUUGUUUAAGUGGGUUGAGGAUGCCGUGUAUGAAGAAGUAGAAGAUGCUUUACCAAGACUAGCUAUCAUUGGUAAUGAGAUUAACAAAGCCAAAUUAGAGGUCAAUGAGUUAAAUGCUAUGCUAAGAGAAUUGAAGGAAGAGGAAAUGCUCAGCAAAAAGGAAAUCCAUAAGUGUAAAAUGUUUUUGAAGGUCUGUUUUAUGUGGCUUUGUUUCCUCACCACUGUGUUGGGUUAUGUAUGGUCUAGGCAAGGAAAUGAGAAGAAACUUCUGCUUGGUUAUUAA